CUCCAUUCAGCGCGAUAUUAACGCCAGGACUGUGUGUUAGAGCAGGCAAUAGCAGACUGUGGGUGAAGGAAGAACGUCAUCGAACCUUCCAAUUCGGUGUGACUCGAACGACCUGAUGGCUCUUGCAAAUCGGAACAUUCACUUUCCUCGCAAUACCAGUUUACCUUGAGCGAUACGCGCUUACUUGCAGUCCCCGCUCGGGCUAUUGUUUGGCCAUUUUGAAAUCCCGGGAGCCAUCUCCAGUCACUACGUUUUACGAUGGCCGAUUCAAUAUCAUCAGAUUUCAGCAGCUUGGACCUCGAGGAUUCGACGAGCGUCAGCAAUCUUAACACGGCCGGCACCAGCACCAACGACGAGGACCUUGAAGCUACCGUCCAGAGUCUCAUCAACCGUUGCACAACAUUAUACGAGGAGGUAGGGACAUACAUCGAGGCAGUUAUCGAACGCCAGAAGAUCACCAAGGUCCAGCAUCCGGUUGAAUAUCGCAAUCUGCGCAAUGACUUCAAGAACGAACUUGCAUUUCUCAAGAAGAUCGUCAACUCUGGCAAAACUGAAGAGAAGGUCCGCCACUUUAUUGUGUCCUCGAAUCUAACUUACUACGAGGCCUUGUGGGGCGCUGCCAAACGAUCGCGCGGACUGCAAGCGUUUCGCAAGUACUAUUUCUGGGAUCGACACAAAGCGCCGGCGGGGAAACGCACGUUGAAGGGUCUAAGUCUUGGGAGAGGAGGUGUAGGAAAAUGCAAGACGGCAGCCCUAGUCGACAUCGUUGCGGACGAGGGCAGAGAGUGGAUACGCGUGUCAACUGUGUCCGAGAAACGGAUCAUCUUCGAUCUUGCGAAGUUGGGCUGGGUCAACGACUCAGACUCAGACAACGACAUGCCUGAUGCGCGAUCGACCGACUGGGAGGAUGAAGAUGACGAGGACCAGGUUGACGUUGUCAGAAACGCCCGUGAGCUUGCGCGAGCUGCACGAGCCAAUCCUGUACAAGGGCGCCCACCGAAAGUGCGCCUUGUGCUUACACGCAUUGUGGCUGGAAAGAUGAAAGACGUGGACGCAAUCAUUGCGAAAAUCAGGGCGACUGGUGCGAUCGUGCAGUGUGCUGCAGACGUACCACCACCGCAACCGUUGCAGGCCGUCUUGAAUGAUCUGCUGGUAGACAGAACUCGCGCGCUCUCGGAUACGCUCAACAUAGACUGCACUAUCCUACUGGCGCUGGUGUCUGACAUCUCACACAAGCCCUGCCCCAUCCUCGACUGGUACCCCGGCGAGGUCCAAGCUCAGAUAAAGGAAGAAGCUGGCGAGAACCUACUACCGACCCAGCUGUAUCCCGCCAUUGGCUCACACUCCAUGGUUUGCACGGAAGAAGCGGCUGAGCAGAUGAACCUGAUUGUUGACACCCUCGCCACUGACGAAGAGAAGCGAAGAUGCCAGCUGCUCAUCGGCCAAGGCGACUGUGAAGGCCGUUCGUCUGAGGAUCUGGUCGCAGAGUGGGCUUCCAUGUCGAACCAUCCAGUCCCGACCGGCUUCACACUGCCUAUACGCAUUGUGCCGAGUGAUAUCGACACGAUUACUGAGCGACUACCCACCGCAGCAUGCAAACUGCAAGGCGAGAUGAGUCGGCUGAAUACAUCGAUCUUCUUCUAUGGCUGGGCAGAGGGCAUCACGACUUUAAGCUCGAAUCGUGCGCGCGCCCGCCAAAUUGAACAUGCCAUCAAUCAGCAUGGCCUCGAGGACGGAGAGGCUGGGCCACAUAUUUGGCUCUGCGGCGAGUCGAGGAGCUUGAUUGCGAAGCAUGGCCGUAGAGGGCCGAGGUGAGUCUGCUCAGCGACUUUGCAAUGGCAGUACUUUACAGAAUUGACGCAUAUGCCCAGUUUGCGCGUGGGCAGGCACGAGUGAAUAGGGGAAGCAACGAAUCUUCGUCGACGGUGAUAUUCACACAACAGCAACACUCUACAUCAAUACAAUCAGGCACAGAAACAUUCCGGCAUGCUUGUCUGUGAUCGUGCCGUUACCCAAAACGAACAUUAUCGCUCAGCACUACUCGAGGCGAUGCAGGUAAUCCAGCACUUGAUAUCGCUUAUCUUGCAUCACACUGUGCCCCAGCAACAAAUGCAAC